CGCAGACACACACACGCGCGCGCACACACACACGCGCGCACACACAGACGCGCGCACACCCGGGCGCACCGGGGCGCAGAUGCUCUUCGUCCUCCCUGCCCGGCCCAUCCGUUCUCCCGCAGAGCCGGCGCCCCGAGCCCCAUCGGGGAGCAGCCUGAGCAUUGGAGGCUGCCCAGACCCAGAGGCAAGCAACGCUGGCUGUCUUUCAGGCUGAGAAGCAUCAUGGGUGGCAUCAUCCAAGUCUCCUUGGCUGCUCUCCUGCUGCCUAUGGCUGCCGCCAUGCUCUCGGGCUGCAUCUUGCGGAAGGAACAGGCCUCAUGUCUGGAGAGGAUCCAGCGGAUGAAUGACCUGAUGGAACUCAAUGCAUCCAGCCCAGACUGCCCAGGAAUGUGGGACAACAUCACAUGCUGGAGGCCAGCCCACGUGGGGGAGAUGGUCUUUGUCCAUUGCCCUGAAGUCUUUCGCAUCGCCAACCCUGACCGAGAGUGGGAGACGGAAAGCCUCGGCGAGUAUGAGGAUUUUGCGGAUAGUAGCUCUUUGAGUCUGUCAGAUAUGGGGGUGUUGAGCCGAAACUGCACGGAGGAUGGCUGGUCUGAGACGUACCCCCAUUACUACGAUGCUUGUGGGUACACUGACUUUGACUCGGAACCGGGGGAUCAGGAUUAUUACUACCUGUCGGUGAAGGCCCUGUACACAGCUGGCUACAGCACAUCGCUCAUCACGCUCACCACUGCCAUGGUCAUCCUCUGCCGCUUCCGGAAGCUGCACUGCACCCGGAACUUCAUCCACAUGAACUUGUUCCUGUCCUUCAUGCUACGAGCCGUGUCUGUGUUCAUCAAGGACUGGAUCCUCUACGCCCAGCAGGACGGCAGCCACUGCUCAGUCUCCACCGUGGAGUGCAAAGCUGUGAUGGUUUUCUUCCACUACUGUGUGGUCUCCAACUACUUUUGGCUGUUCAUCGAGGGCCUGUACCUCUUCACCCUGCUGGUAGAAACCUUCUUCCCAGAGCGCACGUACUUCUACUGGUACACCCUCAUUGGCUGGGGGACCCCCACGGUGUGUGUGACGGUGUGGGCGGUGCUGCGGCUCUACUGUGAUGACACAGGCUGCUGGGAUAUGAAUGACAACACGGCCCUGUGGUGGGUGAUCAAAGGCCCUGUGGUUGGCUCGAUCAUGGUUAACUUUGUGCUCUUUAUUGGCAUCAUUGUCAUCCUGGUGCAGAAACUUCAGUCUCCGGACAUGGGAGGCAACGAGUCAAGCAUCUACUUCAGCUGCGUGCAGAAAUGCUACUGCAGGCCACAGCGCGCUCAGCAGCACUCAUGCAGGAUGUCAGAGCUGUCGGCCAUUACUCUGCGGCUGGCCCGAUCCACCUUGCUGCUCAUCCCGCUCUUUGGCAUCCACUACACUGUCUUCGCCUUCUCCCCGGAGAACGUCAGCCAGAGAGAGAGACUCGUGUUCGAGCUGGGCGUGGGCUCCUUCCAGGGCUUCGUGGUGGCGGUUCUCUACUGCUUCCUCAACGGGGAGGUGCAGGCUGAGAUCAAGCGCAAGUGGCGCAGCUGGAAGGUGAACCGCUACUUCGCCGUGGACUUCAAGCACCGGCACCCGUCCCUGGCCAGCAGCGGCGCCAACGGAGGCACCCAGCUAUCCAUCCUGAGCAAGAGCAGCUCCCAGAUCCGCAUGUCUGGCCUCCCGGCCGACAGUCUGGCCACUUGAGUGUCCCUGAGUCCCUGAUGGGAGGAAGAAGUAGGGUGCCAAUGGGCCGGUAGGCCCUCCUUGUGCCGCUGUCCCAGCCCAGGCCCCUUGGACCCCAGUCAUGUAAAUAUGCCCCUGUUGGUUGGGAUGCUGCUCCUGUCCACCCUCCGCCACCCAGUGCCCCUGCUCUUGCCCAAAGGUCCCGGCUCUGCCUUGCCCGUGUACACCAGUCAGCUGCCACCUCUUAGCUCUGUCGCCAGGCUGUAAACUGAGACAGUGGGCAUGGCCCUGCCCUUGCCGGAUGCUAGAGUGCCUCGAGUUCGAUAGCCCCCUUGGAGUCUGCCCUGUGUGGUCCUGAGCCUAUUUGCCACCCUGGGUCUUGCAGAGGCCUGGACUCAGCUCUGGUUCUGACAGAUGGUUGUUGUGGUCCUCCUGACCCCAGACUUCAGCCGAGAGACAACGCCUGAGAUAACUGCCCCACCCUACGGGCCUCCAAGAGCCUGAAGUCUAAGCCAUGUCUUAGGCUUUCUGCCUGUCCAUGUGGCCCUGCUCUGAGGUCUGUGUACCUCAAUGCAGGGCACCAAUGGCCAUGCCAGAAAUCUGUGCCAUAGGAAGUACAGAGACUGAUGCA